GUACAUUUGCCAGCUGCGUGAUGAGGAAAAGGAAGUCUCCAGAAACCUGUUCUGGCAACCCAGGAGGUGAACAUUAUGCACUUUACAGAGACUGGGAAGCCUCUGAUUAAAUUCACCCACUGUAGGAAGUCCAUCUACAGCUUCAGUGUGCCCCGAUGCUGCCCCCUCUGCCAGGGUGAGGUGGGCUCGGCCAGGCUGGAGGAUGCACCUGUCAGUAUCUCAAACCCAUUCUGCAAUGGGCAUCAAGAAAAAUGCUCCUUCCUUCUCAAACCCACGCGAGGGACGUUUCUAAGGGAGUACGAUGGACGGUCUGAUCUUCACGUUGGAAUAACUAACACAAAUGGGGUUGUUUACAGUUACAACGCACAUGGUGUCCAGUGUGACGAGGAGGGAUGGGAACAGAGUCUCAGCAUCCCACUAGUGCAGCCCAACAUGUUUGGACUGAUGGACCAAUGGGACAAGCAUCUAGAAGACUUCUCUGCCACACUGGCCUGGCAGCCUCACAGGUAUGAGGAAGAUGAUCACAAUUGCUACAACUACGCCCUCACCUUCAUCAACUGCAUCCUUACCACCGAAGGCAAAGAGCAGCUGGACAAGAGCGAAUUCACAGAGAAGUUUGUGAUCCCAAGGACAAGGCUGGCUUCUAAGUACAUCAUACUCUACCGGGUCAUCCAGGAGAGGGGCUACCACGUUACUGACCAUCUCAACCCAGAGGCAAGCCCCUCUUAAGAAAGAAGUUUGUAGGGACUCGAGAGAUGGCUCAGUGGUUAAGAGUACUGGCUGUUCUUCCAGAGGACCUGGGUUCAGGUCAUAGCACCCACA